UGGGUCUCUUGUUGCUGUUGUAGGAUGCGUUGCCCUUCUGUAGUGCUCGUCGUCGCCUCCGCUUCCCUUCCGUGCGCGAGGGGGUUCCUUCGGCCGAGUAUCGUCGCCAGGAGGCGUGCUGCUGGAGCCGACGCCAGCGGCGGCUCCGGCGACAUGAUGACUUGCAGCCGGAGGAGCCACACCGGAGGAGCUGCUGCUGCUGUUGUUGGCCGGCGGGGCCUGUUCAUGAUGGCGGAAGGGAGACUCACGGAUGACGAUCUGGACAACAUCAGCCUUGACCCUUCCACCCUGGACGAGAGCGAGCUCCAGAGGGUCGAAGGGAUCCGUGCGAUCCAAUCGAAAAUGGUGGAGGUCGACGAGAAGAAGCUGGAGCUGAGGAGAGCAGCAAGGAAACAGAAAGAAGCGGCGCAGGAUGCGGGCGAAGGCGCCGCCGCUCUUAAGGCGUCUGCUGCUGGGGACGACGGGAUGGCCGCGGAGGAGAGGCAGCGAGCGGAAGGCCUGGCGUCCAUCGAGCGCAGCCUGGCGGAGGUAACGGCCAUCCAGAGGCAGCUCGGGAUCAACGUCGACGAGGAUGAGGACGAGAAGGACCUCGAAGUGAUGGACACCGCUUGGAGGGGACAAGCCGGCCUCGACGUAAUCAACGCCGCGGACGGUAGCCGGGACUGGUCGGACCUGUCCGCCCGGAGGGGUCUGGCGGUAGGGGACGCGGUGGCACUGACGAUGUUCGCCUACGUCGGACGCGCGAGCCACGGGAUGGCUGCGUUCGACCUCGGGGUGCUGUUGACGGCUCUCCCCUUCCUCAUCGGUUGGUUGGCGGUUUCUCCCCUCUUGGGGGCAUACACGAGGUCGGCGACGGAGACGCCCGGGGGCGCGGCGAAGGCGCUCCUGCCGGCGUGGGGGAUUUCCAUCCCGGUGGGCAUCUUCUUGCGGGCCCUGUCGAAGGGGGGAGAGGUUCCCCCGGUCCCCUUCGCGGUGACGUCGAUGAUCUUCACGCUGGCGGCGCUGAUGGCCUGGCGGCAGCUGUACACGGCGAUAAACCCCACGGGGGAGGGGGACAAGCAGGCCGGGCUGCUGGACGGGUUCCGGAUGAUCACGACGCUGUUGCAGCGGUGGUGAGGGCCGGGAGAGAACAGGAGAGUUUCGAGAAGGCAUACAAGUAGUCGUACCGGAUGAUCGCGACCCUGUUGCACAGCGGUGGAGACGGCCCGGAGAGAACCGGAGAUAGCUUGUACAAACCACUGCUGUAGCUCCACCUCGGAACUGAGGUCGGAUUGGAUUCCACGACACAAGCGGUGCCGCGGGUGCAAGGUAUGAGUAAGCACGCAGUAGUGAGUGUGGUUUGUGUUCGACGGACGGCUACGAUGCUGCUGCUGCCGUUUCCUGCGGUGCGGGGCGGGGCGCAAGACACCACCACCAGCCGCGUGUCGGCGGUAGACGUGAGCGUGUCAAACAAGGAUAAGACCACGGCGUUUUGGUUGGCGGAGAUCGUGAAGGAAGACGACGCGUGACCCAUAGUGUCCUACCGGUCGUGUGUCGAGUACUCCCUUCGCUGACGGAGUUAGGUGGGAUCACAAGGGGGGCGGCGUUGAGAAGCUGUGUGCGUCGGUGAUAGAGGCAAGCACCUCAAGCUGGAAGACCGGCCAAGUGGGCCCAAAGAGGGUACCCUGUAGGCUGACUUGAUGUGCUCUUGAGUCCGAUCGGUAGGUCCCGUCAUUAUUAUUUUUGUGCGGAUCGCACGCAUGCCCGUAGCUUGCAGAUCGCUGAGAAAGAAUGCCACACCGGGCGUUAGAGAACACCGUAUCGUGGUACGGACGAGUUGAAGCAUGGGAUGGGUGGUAUGGGUGGGGGUCCCGGCGAUGACGACGUCCUUGGAUCGCGGGUGGGUGGUUCAUGGCCAUUGCACUCAAUGGAACACAUUUUCCUUGUUUGCAAGAUAUAUUGAUGGAUUUGACACGAGAGACAGACGGUCUGAUGCGCCAAGGAAAAUUCUCAUACCCUUCUUUUGGGGCGACAGUUCAACAAAGAUGGGAGAGGGGGCUGCACGUGUGGCAUGCAGAAGGAGGUCCACUUUCGUUCGUAAAUACACAAUUUCAGACUGGGGCUCCAAACUUUCCGGUUUAGAUUUUGAGGCAAGAAAGUUUCCUGGAAACU